CGCCGCGAGGCGCGCGAGCUCUUCCGUCUUUCUCGCCUCUCGAUCCUCCGCCGCUCAGAGAACACGGCUCGACGACAAUGGAGGCCGACGACAUCGGCGGCGGCGGCGGCGGAGGAGGAGAAGAAGAGUUCGGGUUCUCGAGGAAUUACUUCCUCGCCAAGGAAUCGGGCGGCCCCGGCAAGAGAUCCGCCUGCAAGGUCUCCGACAUCGAUGUCGCCGACGAACAGGAACUCGUGGCGGCGAUGUCCGAUAUCAGACCUAAGCACGAGAAGGAGAUUGCGGCCCUGAGGGAUGGUUACAGGAGCUUGUACGGUCGGUGGGUUUUCGAGCUCAGGUGUGGUUUUGGGAUGCUGUUUUAUGGUUUUGGAUCUAAGAAGGCGUUGCUCGAAGAUUUCGCUUCCACGGCAUUGACUGAUUAUUCCGUCGUCGUCAUCAAUGGCUACCUCCCAUCGAUCAACAUGAAGCAGGUCGUGCUCGGCUUGGCUCAAGUGUUGUGCGAUCUUUUGAAGACCAAGCGAAAAACUCCUGCAGCAAGUGUGUCUAAAAUAAAAGAACCAUCCGUUUCUCAAUCCUUGGAUGAGCUUAUUUUGUUCCUGAACGGGCCGUGGGCGGAGGAGAAGGAUUUUUUCAUUUGCAUCGUCGUUCAUAACAUUGAUGGGCCAGGAUUAAGGGACUCAGACACUCAACAGUGCCUUGCGCGAAUUGCUGCUUGUUCUCAUGCUCGCAUCAUUGCUUCCAUUGACCAUGUCAAUGCGCCUCUCUUGUGGGACAAGAAGAUGGUUGACACGCAGUACAACUGGUAUUGGCAUCACACUCCUACCUUCGAACCAUACAAGUAUGAAGGAAUGUUCUUCCCAUUGAUUCUUGCUCAUGGCAAUACUACCCAAAGUGCCAAAACAGCUACAAUUGUCUUGCAGAGUUUGACACCAAAUGCCCAGAGUGUCUUCAGAGUACUGGCAGAACAUCAAAUGGCUCAUCCUAAUGAAGAAGGGAUGCCAAUUAGCAGCUUAUACUCAACAUGCCGAGAGCGUUUUCUGGUGAGUAGUCAGGUGACACUGAACUCACACUUGACAGAAUUCAAGGACCACGAGUUGGUCAAGAUGAGAAAAAAUCCGGAGGGAGAGGACUGCUUGCACAUCCCUCUGCCAACUGAGGCACUUGAAAAAUUGCUGAAGGACAUUGCAUAGGGAAAGCAUUCAUCAAGUGGUGAGAAAUUGCCCCUAACUUACACUGAGCAUCUGCUUUACAGAUUGUGCAUCUCUAGUGACUGACAGUCAACUAGUGGACUGAUUUUUAGUUACUCUUUGAUUACUGUAAUUGAUUUGAGUUUGUCAAAUGUAAAUUCGUCGUGGGGUAGUUGGCCACUUCA